GCUGAACUACAAUAAUAUCGGAAUUUAUAGCAGUGUAGAAGAUGCAUUGCGUGUGAAUAAAUAUUCGUUUUCAAGGAUUUUUUAUGGUGAAUUUGAAAAUAUUAAAGAAAUUGGAAAGGGCGGGUUUUCAACU